GAAAUAGCAAGAGAUUGCUUGGGAGAUUCGCCUUGUCUCGAAGAAGGCUCUCUACUAUCAACUUGAAUGGUCUUUCCACAUCAAACAAAUACCUCCACUUUGACCCACUUUGUCAACAACAAACUUACUAGCAAACCCGAAACGAAUCCGAAGAUAUUCCAAUUGCACGUGAGUGCUUAAAGUUUCAGAUAAAAAAAAUGAGAUCCAGUUGAAGCUCUCGUACAUGGGCAUUAAGGGCGUCGAACGUUCGGUCACCAUCCAUUCCCCGAAUGUUCCAAAGAAAGAGACUCAUGGUGCCCGGCAGCCGUGCGUAGUAGGCGCCGCCGGUAGAGUAGAGAGAGAAGUUUCAUUGCCAACCACGGGGAGUAAAGCAUUUGAAACCGGGAUGUCCACAGAAAUGCCCUCAGUAGAUGAAGGAACCACAUGGUUAGGGUCCAGAGGUUCCUCUUGUAUUUUUUUUUUUAUCAAAAUCAACCACCAAAGGAGACACACAGGGUUACUUAGUUAGGCUAGAUUCUACCUUGAAAUAUGACGUGGGUAUAUUUGGACAUUUAUAAAUAAAUAAAUAAUAUAUACAAGAGAUAAGAAUCUCAACGGGUAUAAACGGAAAGCAAAAGCGGGAAAAUUUGAACAUUGGAGCAAGAGGAAAAGCGUGAAAAUGGAGGACUCGGGUGCAAUCCUCUGCCAUAUCUCUAUGCUCAAGGACAUGCUCGAUCAAGUCAAUCAAGGAAUCGAGGACAAUAUCCAGAUAACUCGGGAGAUCGAAUCGGAGAUCGUCAAAUGCUCGGAAUCGGAAAAAGCUAUGGCCUCCAGAGAAUCCGAUCUCACCAAGACGCUUUACGUCUCUCAAUUUCAGAUUAACAGCUUGCUUACUCUCACUCAUAGUUCAAGAAGCUCUUUGGAAUCUUUGGACAAGCAAUUGAGUAGUUUAAGAAUGAAACGGGAUGACACACUGAAGAGAAUCAGUAAUAAGCAAGAUGGGUUUGUGAAGAAGUGCCUAGAGUUUCAGAGUGAUUUUGGCAAGAAUGAUGAUCUAAGGACCAUGCUUUCAGAGAAAGAGUUUAUUGAGAUUGAAGUUUGUAUAUUGGAUAAGAAGAGCAAUAUGUUAAAGAAUUCAAUGCAGGCAUUUGUGGAAGAAAUUCUUGAAGAUCUUCAUAAUUGCAAUUGCGCUUUACAACUUGAGAUAGAGAAAGGAAAUCAGGAAAAUCAGAAAUUGGUCAAAGAUAUUGAUAAUUUGAAAAUUACCUUGCUUUCUACUAUCAUAAUCGAGGAUGAUCAGUGAAAUUAGAAAACUACUAUAUUGGUGUGGUUUGUUUAUUGGGGUUUGACUUUGAAGGAUGUUGGAACGAUAAGCAUUUGAUUGAAAUGGGAUAGUUAACCAUUUAAGGGUAGGAGAUGAGUGAAAAGUGAUGAACAUUAAAGGCGGAAAGCAAAUACCACGUUAGUGUCAGCUGCUGUAAACAGAGCAAAAAUGGAAAAACAACAGAAUGUGGUUUGCACAACAACAUGACACAAGACAAGGACAUCUUAGAGUACGACAACACAAGAAGAUAUAGAUGCUUUUCCUUCUCACUACAUCUGUAAUUUUGGAGGAUGAUGAGACUUCUUCGGUAUCUUAGGCCCCAGCCAACCCUUUGCUAUGGUUCUGUGAGCUGUUAUUAACUUAUCUGAGUAUAUUAAGAAUGCAGUCAAGUAGAUAUUUCAGGAGAACUAUCAUGUUCUUCUUCGUAUCCUGGAAGUGACAAUGCGGUUAUUUUCACUAGGCCUUUCUGGUUCUAUUAGACAAUUUACAUUAAGUUUACCCGUGCCAAUGCCCAUUCAAAUAUGCCUUGACGAAUAGAUCUGUCUCAGCCUCUUGUUGAUGACUGAUGAGAGUGAUGAGGUCCAUUGGGUGAUAGUAUUCUAUGUUUUCCUUAACCUUAAUGAUGUACAGACAGCUUGCCCCCCGCUAAAAUCUGGAGAGAUAUUUCUACA